CGCAGCAAGCAACAGCAGCAGCAGCAGCAGCAGCCGGAGUCGACGCAGCAAAACACACACAACGAUCUCUACCGGGAUGCUGCUACUCUCGCUGGGAUUGGCCAUGCUGAUGGCCCUGCCCGGCCAGGUCGCGGCACGUAUGGCCUUCGAGAAGCUGACAGAUUACGAUUUUGCCGGCACCACGUACUACAGCGUCAAGAAUCUAUCGCUAUACGAAUGCCAAGGCUGGUGCCGUGAGGAGGCCGAUUGCCAGGCGGCCGCAUUUAGCUUCGUUGUGAAUCCAUUGUCGCCGUCGCAGGAGACGCACUGCCAGCUGCAGAACGACUCAUCGGCAGCCAAUCCCUCCGCAGCGCCUCAGCGCUCAGCCAAUAUGUACUACAUGGUGAAGCUGCAGCUGCGCAGCGAGAACGUUUGCCAUCGUCCUUGGUCGUUCGAGCGCGUGCCCAACAAGAUCAUACGCGGCCUGGACAAUGCUCUCAUCUAUACCAGCACCAAGGAGGCCUGUCUGUCCGCCUGCCUGAAUGAGAAACGCUUCAUUUGCCGCUCCGUGGAAUACGAUUACAACAAUAUGAAGUGCGUGCUCAGCGAUUCGGAUCGUCGCAGCUCGGGUCAGUUUGUCCAGCUGGUGGAUGCCCAGGGCACGGACUACUUUGAGAAUCUGUGCCUGAAGCCCGCGCAGGCAUGCAAGAAUACACGCUCAUUUGCCAAUGCACGCAUGGGCGUCUCCGAGGAGAAGGUAGCUCAAUAUGUCGGUCUGCACUACUACACGGACAAGGAGCUGCAGGUGACAUCCGAGUCGGCCUGCCGUCUGGCGUGCGAAAUUGAAUCGGAAUUUUUGUGCCGCUCCUUCCUCUAUUUGGGUCAGCCACAAGGUGCCCAAUACAACUGCCGUCUCUACCACUUGGAUCACAAGACUCUGCCCGAUGGUCCAUCCACUUAUCUGAAUCACGAGCGUCCCCUGAUCGAUCAUGGCGAGCCCAUUGGCCAGUACUUUGAGAAUCAGUGCGAGAAGUCGGCAGCAAGCGCUGGCGCUGGCUCUGGCAGCACACCACCCGGCACACUGGACAAGAUCGAUACGCUGCCCGUCAGCCUGGACACCAUCGAGGACCCCAAUCUGACCAACAUGACGCGCAACGAUGUCAACUGCGACAAGACCGGCACCUGCUAUGAUGUUUCCGUGCACUGCAAGGACACACGCAUUGCUGUACAGGUACGCACCAACAAGCCAUUCAAUGGACGCAUCUACGCUCUGGGCCGCUCAGAGACCUGCAACAUCGAUGUCAUCAACUCAGAUGCCUUCCGCCUAGAUCUAACCAUGAUCGGUCAAGACUGUAACACACAGAGCGUGACCGGCGUCUACUCGAACACGGUGGUGCUGCAGCAUCACAGCGUCGUGAUGACCAAGGCGGACAAGAUCUACAAGGUGAAGUGCACAUAUGACAUGAGCUCCAAGAACAUUACCUUCGGCAUGAUGCCCAUACGCGAUCCCGACAUGAUUCACAUCAACUCGUCACCCGAGGCGCCACCACCAAGGAUUCGCAUUCUGGACACUCGUCAGCGCGAGGUGGAAACUGUGCGCAUUGGAGAUCGUCUCAACUUCCGCAUCGAAAUACCAGAAGAUACUCCCUAUGGCAUCUUCGCUCGCAGCUGUGUUGCCAUGGCCAAGGAUGCACGCACCAGCUUCAAGAUCAUCGACGACGAUGGUUGCCCCACAGAUCCCACCAUCUUCCCCGGCUUCACCGCCGAUGGCAAUGCGCUGCAGUCGACCUAUGAGGCAUUCCGCUUCACCGAGAGCUACGGCGUCAUCUUCCAGUGCAACGUCAAGUACUGCCUGGGUCCCUGUGAGCCGGCCGUCUGCGAAUGGAACAUGGAAUCAUUUGAGUCUCUAGGCAGAAGGCGUCGUCGUUCUAUUGAGAGCAACAACACCAAGAGCGAAGAUCAUAUGAACAUUUCCCAGGAGAUCUUGGUCUUGGACUUUGGCGAUGAGAAACGUGAAUUCUUCAAGGCGGAUCCAAGCACGGACUUUGCCAAAGACAAGACUGUCACCAUCAUCGAGCCAUGCCCCACGAAGACGUCUGUGCUAGCGCUGGCCGUUACCUGUGCGCUCAUGAUCCUGCUCUAUAUCUCCACAUUGUUCUGCUACUACAUGAAGAAAUGGAUGCAGCCACAUAAAAUCGUAGCAUAAGUUAAGGCGCAACACAACACUGAAAGCAAUAUGUAGAAGAAGAGGAGAGGAAAAAAAAAGGAAAACAAAAACCAUACAAGAACACAAAUUGUCACCAUUCCACACAGAGAUAUAUACACACACCCACACACACAUACUCGCCUACUCUCUCACACGCUAUGUCUAUUUCUCUCGCCUAUGGCACGCUUGUCAGCGCUCAGCGCUCUCUCACGAGAGAGAAACCGGCAAUGAGAGCAACAGUGCAGUUAAUCAGGAAACGGAGCCUCAGCUUCGCUUUGCAAUGGAAAACAAUUGAAGAAGUUAAAAAGAACGAACUAUGAAAGAGAAGUUGGAAUUAAAGAAGAUGGAGAAAGUUCCCAUAACACAAACCCAAACUUACA